CUUCAUUCUUGAUCCCACUUGUCCGUGACUUGAUCUCCAUCAUCAUUCUUGUACAUUUAAUCUCUUGCACAAUUGUAUUCGAUUGACCUCACCUUUUUCACCCCCUCGCGACAUCAUGGCGAUUCGUCGCUCCGCCCGCCUGCGUGAUCGCUCGACCUCUGCGGAACCGCAGGCUACCCCAGAGCCGACCACAAACAAUAACACCACUUCCAAGAACAACGUCAACAAUAAUAAGGACGCCCCUAGCAACCGCCAUCAGACAGAUAAGCUCCCCUCCGUCAUGGAACACGAUGAGACGCCUGCCCUCGAGGACUUUCCUGUCGUCCCCAAACACGCGCCGGGCACGCCUCUUAAAUCCACUCCGCUCAAGUCGACUACACCCAAACCCACGUUGAAAUCCACCCCGCUGAAGUCCACUCCGUUGAAAUCCACUCCUCUCAAGUCCAUUCAAAGAUCCCCCGCCAAAACUCCUACGAGCGUGUUUACCCGCCCCCCUCACCAAGAGAUGCACCCCAGUAAGGUGCACCAAAGCACCACCAAGCAGGCCGAUUCCGGCUUGAUCCUGGGCUUCAACCCCAUCAAGAAAGACGCGUCGGGCAAUGUGGUGAAGAACAAUGUUCAAGACACCCCCACCAAGGCCAAUGCCUCUCCCGCUUCCACCCACUUCGGCACCCCGGGAUUCGAGUUCAAGUUUGCCUCGCAGGAAUCAGAGCUCAGCGAUGAAGCCAGGAAGCUCAUGGAGAGUGUGCGUGGAGAUGUCGCCAAGAUCAAGGCUCAGAUGAUCCAGAAUCAGGCCAGUGAGCCCGAACACGAACUCCAGUCCGCAGACCGCAUAUUUGCGCACCCCAAGGGCCAGGCCAGCCGCUUCAGCAACGCUCACAUGGCCGAGUUCAAGAAGAUGGACUCCAUCGCCGGACACGCGUCUGCCUUCCGUGCCACCCCUGGCCGCUUCCAGCCCCUGCAGAAGACCCUCAAGCGCACCAACUCCAAAGCGCGUCUCGAUGAGCCCGAGAGUCAGGGUUCGCCCAGCAAGUCGGCUCGUAAGCCUUCCCCCGCCGACGCGCCGGCGGCCGGUGCCAAGCGAGUCAAGCACGACAGCUCAGAUGACGCGUCGACUCGCCGUCCAACCACGGCCGAUACCCCUUCGAAGCCUGUGCAGGCGCGUCCCCGUCCUCGCCCUCGUUCCACGGUCCGCAGCUCGCUACUCACCCCGACCCGGGCCUCGUCCAUGCGCGCUGCGACCAGCCUCAAGCCACCUCGCACCAGUAUGAUCCCGUCGCUGGCACGAUCGCCUAUCUCGAAGCCGUCGGAUGCGCCGCACACCCCACGCACAGAGUUCAACCCUCGAUUCAAGAGCAAUCUCCCCUCGCUGGGCAACCUCAAGUCGAUCCUCCGCCGUCACCAGCCUCUAUUCUCACGCGACCCGGCCAAAAUCGCCUCCGGUACCCAUGUGGCUGCUCCGGACUUCACCUCGAGCAUGAUUUUCGGCGCGCCUCGUGAAGACGGCUCGGACGAGCUGGCGCGGACGCCGUCGCCGAAGAAGCGUGUGGAAUUCAACUUCAGCACCAACGCCCCAGAGGGGCCCCCCGAGUCGCCCUCGCCCUCGAAGAUUCCUAAAUCAGCGCGUUCCUUGGAGCCCGUCUCCACCGACGUGGUCUAUCCGACCUUGCCCACCUUGACCCCGGAGCGAGGCUCGACUGAAGUGCAAUCGCCGUCCAUCCGCCACGUCCGCCCCUCCGACGUCACAAUUGACACCCAGCUUCCCGAGGUCUCAGGCAUUCCCCAUGGCAUUCGCCACAAGAAAGGCAACCACGAGACCUCUGAGGCCCCACGUGAUCCCAACGGACCCGACAUCGCUGGGAUCCCUCAUGGCAUUGGCCAUCGCAAGCGGGUGCGGGAAGAUGUUGACGACGAGGUUGACACCGAGAACGUGCCACCCGAGGAGCCGGUUGAAGGGCGCAGCAUCAAGCGCGUCAAACUUGUGCCAACCCCCGCCAAGCUUGCUCCAAAUCCUUCCAAGCUUGCUCCUACUCCUUCCAAGCUUGCUCCUACUCCUUCCAAGCCUGCCCCUACUCCUUCCAAGCUUGCACCAACUCCUGCCAAGCCUAGCUCUAGCCCGUUCAAGUCGCGUUCCCACACCCCGCAGCGAUCGAACUCCAUCACCAGCAAGGGAACGCCGUCGAGUGCACGACCCAAGAGCCGGGGAGCGCUCAGCAUGAGUCGACUGAACAUGCUGUCCCAGCCCAAGAGCCGCCCAUGACCUCGUCUCCCUGAAUAACUAACGACUGCAACACUACACGGUUUUGACAACUGUCUUCAAUUCAUUGCCUGCUUUUCUCUCCUAUUUGUACGAUGGCGUGACACGCAGCGGGUUCACCUCUGUUUCUGUACCAUAAUUACUUGGGAGCCACCAUUUCACACGACUGACUGACUGAUUGAUUAUUUUUGCUGGCGCUUGGAUGCAUCUGGCAUGCGGAUGGCGUUUACUUUGACUACUCUUUCCGUUCAACUGGAAGAUCAAUAGUCUGGAGUUGAUUGAUAUUGUUUGAUUUGAAUCAUGCUGCAUUUGUGG